UCCAGUUGGAUGGUUCCACGAAAUUCAUCUACUAAUCCUUACAAGUGAAAAUGGUGUGAGUCUAUAUAUAUGUAAGGUUUGCGUGAGGGAAUUAUAGUGAAAGACACCAUCAAAAUACAAUACAAUUCUUCCUAAUUAACAUGGGAAGAUACGUGAGUGGUGCUGCUGCAUGUGUAGUCCUUCUCUUCCUGGCUGAAAUUGCACAAGUGUGUUUCUUCUUGUGUGCAAAUUCAAGCAGUGUCGUUGUCCCUCCUUGCAUAGGACGAGAGAGGCAAGCUCUUCUUGAGUUCAAAGCUUCCUUUCAAAGUUAUCCAUCAUUCAGCAGACUUUCCUCAUGGAAAGAAACUACUAAUUGUUGCGAAUGGGAAGGCAUAGGCUGUGACAAUAUCACCGGACAUGUUGUCAAGCUUGAUCUCAGGAAUCCUUGCUUCCUGUCACCACCAUAUUGUUACUUUGAGUUGCAGGAAGAACAUCGUGUAUACGCUCCAAAUGUGAAUCCAUCUUUACUGCAGUUGGAAUACUUGGCUUAUUUGGACUUGAGCGGAAAUCAUUUCAAUUCAAGUCCAAUACCAAGCUUCAUUGGUUCUAUGCAACGUUUGAGGUAUCUUUCUCUCAGGUACUCUUCUUUUGGUGGGAGGAUUCCGAAUAGCCUUAGAAAUCUCAAGAACCUGCACCUACUUGAUCUCAGUGAAAAUCAUUUUGACGCCAGUAACAUCACUUGGCUUUCUCAACUUCACUCACUCAAACACCUUGACUUGAGUUAUAUUGACUUGGGGAACACACGUGAUUUGUUCCAGGUACUCAACAUGCUUCCUUCCUUGUUAAAUCUUAGCUUGUCGGGCUGUGGACUUGAAGACUCCCUCAUUCCUCUCGGUGCUAAUUUCCAAAACUUGACAUCUCUUGUCCAUCUUUAUCUUUCAGAUAAUGAGCUUCAUGGUCCACUCCUUGAUGCUUUCAGAAACUUGUCUUCCAUUGAAUACCUCUAUCUUUCAUACAAUGGGAUCCACGGUCCAAUUCCUGAUGGUGUGUUUCAGAGCAUGCCAUCACUCGAGUAUCUUGGUCUUGCGGGUAAUGAGCUAAGUGGUCCAAUUCCGUCCUGGUUUCGUAACUUUGAGAAGCUUACAUUUCUUGAUCUUUCAUACAAUGGGCUUCAUGGUCCAAUUCCUGAUGGUGUGUUUCAGAGCAUGCCAUCACUCGAGUAUCUUGAUCUUGCGGAUAAUGAGCUAAGUGGUCCAAUUCCUGAUGGUGCACUACAAAACAUGUCAUCACUUGUAUCUCUUCAUCUUUCAAGGAAUAGGCUCAGCGGUCCGAUUCCUGAGGCUUUUCGAACCAUGACUUCCAUUAAAUCCCUUUACCUUAAUGACAACAAUAUCACUUCAAUUCCAUCAUGGUUUGUUGAGUUAAAGACACUUCUCUACCUUGGCCUUUCAUCAAAUGAAUUUACUACAACCAAAUGUUCGCUUUCAUCAAUUCUCAGUAACAUGUGUCAUCUAAAGGGGUUAUAUUUCUCAGGGAACAAGUUCCGAGAAGAAUCAAUUGCAAAGUACCAAUUAUCUGGAUGCAACAAAUAUGAUCUAGAGGUAUUGCAUUUGUCUAAUAAUGAGAUCAGUGGUCGCUUGCCAACUUGGUUGGGGCAACUUGUGAAUUUAGAAUAUCUUGAUCUCAGUUCAAAUUUUUUCUCUGGACCCAUUCCCUUAUCUCUAGGAAAACUAUCAAAGUUGAGAUACCUAGACAUGUCAAAAAAUAAGUUGGAUGGGGGAGUCCUUCCUGAUAAUAUUGGACAACUUGUCAAUUUAACAAACUUGGAUAUUUCUUCCAAUAAUUUUGUUGGUGUUAUUCCUCAAACUCUGGGAAAACUUGUAAACCUACAAGGUCUUGACCUUUCAAACAAUUCUUUUCAUGGUCUCGUUCCUCAAAGUCUCAAUCAACUUGUCUAUUUAAAUCUCGCCAACAACCAAAUCAGCGGUUCACUUCCAAAAAAUAUUGGAUAUACAAUGCCCUCUUUGUGGAACUUAUUACUUGGAAAUAACCACUUAAAUGGUUCAAUACCAAUCUCUUUAUGUGAAACUGUGUUUUACAACCUUGACCUUUCAAAGAACAACUUAUCUGGUGAAAUCCCAAAUUGUGGGAAAAAUCAUCGACAAGCUUGGGAAGAAAUAAAUUUGUCAUCAAACAAAUUAUCUGGGGUGAUCCCAACCUCUCUAUGCCAAACUAAUCCAGCGAGACUUGUCCUUUCAAAGAACAAUUUAUCUGGUGAAAUUCCAAAUUGUUGGAAGAACGAUGAACAGUGGGUAGAAAUAGAUUUGUCAUCAAACAAAUUAUCUGGUGGGUUUCCAAGCUCAUUUGGGAAUCUUUCCCCAUUGGAAUGGUUGCAUUUAGACAAUAACAUGCUCAAAGGUGAACUUCCAGUGUCUUUGAGAAAUUUGAAGAAUUUGUUGAUUUUGGAUCUUGGUGAGAAUCAAUUUUCAGGGAGCAUACCACCAUGGACUACAAACACAUUUCCUUCACUGCAGAUUCUUAGACUGCGGCAAAACAUGUUGAGUGGUAGCAUUCCUUCACAAUUAUGCCAACUUACAUCACUGCAAAUUUUGGACCUUUCUCGUAACAAAUUAGAAGGUUCAAUUCCUCGGUGCAUAGGAAAUCUUCAAGGAAUGACUAGUAAAAAAUCAUUAGACGAUUUUAGUGUGGUGGACUCGGCUGGUGCACCUGUUGAAUGGUCCCCUGAAGCCGUAAAAGAAGUCAUAAAAGGAGCUGAACGCGAGUACAUCAAAAUCUUGAAGCUUUUAGUCAACAUGGACUUGUCAGAAAACAAUUUGGUUGGAUCCAUUCCUAAUGGAAUAACCAGGCUCACAGGAUUGCAUGGCUUGAAUCUGUCAAACAAUCAUUUGAAAGGAGAGAUCCCUGAGAUGAUAGGGGAGAUGAAAUCAAUUGAGUCUUUGGACCUAUCUAAUAACCAUCUGUCAGGCACAAUUCCAAAUAGCAUGUCUGCUUUGACUUCAUUGAGCCAUUUAAACUUAUCACACAAUAAUCUUUCAGGACCAAUUCCUAAAGGUAACCAACUUUUAACUCUGGAUGACCCAUCUAUUUAUGCUGAAAACCCUUAUCUUUGCGGAUCUCCACUCCCAAAAUGUCCUGGUGAUAUUUCACAUCAAGCUCCUAAUAGCAAAAAUGACGAAGAUGAAGAUGACAAGAAAGAUAAGGUGGAAAAAUUAUGGUUCUACUUUGUCAUAGCAGUUGGCUUUGCAACUGGUUUUUGGGGAGUUAUUGGCACAUUAUUGUUCAAGAAGAAUUGGAGGCAUGCUUACUUCAGAUGGGUGGAAGAUGUAGCUGACAAGAUUUAUGUGGCAGUUGUGAUCAAAGUUGCAAAGCCAAUGAUGAGAAACCACACUCACGGAUGAUAAUGAAGAAAGUUGCAUACCAGACGAUGUUGGCAAGCUGGCUCAGGAUUGCUUUUGUGUUUGUUGUUUUGUUUUUCCUCUUUAUGUGCUUUUGUCCUUUCUGUUUUUGCCUUGGUGGUCCAGUCUCUGUUGCCUGACCCCUUAUGCGAUGUGUGUAUCUAGGCAUGAGAUUUUAUCUCAUGGAACCUUCAUUUAUUCAAUAACAUGUUCCUCUUUCAAAAAAAAAAAAGUGAUCUGGAGAAGGAGGCACAGAAAUAAGUGUGGGAAAAUAAUGCCCUUUGAAAGAAGAAAAGAGCAUAUAUAUAUAUAUAAACAACUUGUGGUGUUACAUUUAAAUUUGUAUUACUUUUUUACCAUGAUUGCCUUCACUGGAUUUGUACUAUACAUUAUAGGGGCUCAAAAUCCCUGCAGAUGAAUAAUAAUGUUUUACUAUGGAGCAUUG